AUGAACGACAUAGAUCUAAGCCGUGCGGAACCUGGAGAUCUAGUUUUUCUGGCUAAAAACGAAACUUCGUGCGAUUUUGAGCGAGCAGUUACUGAUGUGGCCUCUUCGCCCUACUAUCAUGUGGGCAUUAUAGCUCGGGAUAGGCGAAUUGUGCACGCUUUACCUCGCGGAGUACUGCAUCAAAGUUUGGACGAGAUCCUGGCUGACGCUGAGCCUGAUCGAAUUGAAAUUGUGCAUGUAAACACGUACGGGACCGCAAAAACCAAGGCAGCAGCCUAUGCAGAGGGAAAAGUUGGCAUGCCUUACAACGAUAUUUUCGCGCCCGAUUGUAUAAACUCUGAUGGCGUAGAGUCGUAUUACUGUAGCCAACUUGUUACCGAAGCUUAUCUCGAUGAAAUUGAAUUCCCCGAGCAUAAGCUAAAUUUCAAAGAUGAGCAUGGCCACAUGUUGGAUUAUUGGGUGCAGUACUUCGAAGAAAGAGGCAAACAUAUUCCACAAGAUGAACCCGGCUCUCAUCCAGCAUCCAUACGUAGGGCCGCGCAGCUUGAAAUGCGAUUGACGCGACAUCUCCAGAAGUAUAUGCUAGAUGCCAAGAAUAUUGUCGAUACUCUUCAUUUUGUUGGUGGAGCCCGAGUGAAUCUGAAUGCAGGGCAGACUUUCGAUGUCGUCGAGCCAAGAAGUGGGAAAGUCAUGGCAAAAUGUCAUGCUGCCACUGCCGAUGAGGUGACAAAUGCGGUACAAACUGCUCACAAAACUCUACCAAAGUGGGCUGGUAAGACCUGGCUGGAGCGAGGAGACGUUCUACGAAAUACAGCUGAGCUGUUGGGAAAACACUGUGAAGAAAUUGCUCACUGGGAGUGCAUUGACAAUGGCAAACCGAUCACGGAGGCUCGAAUGGAUGUACUCAGCUGCAUCGAAACCUUCAAGUAUUAUGCUGGAGCAGGUCAAUCACUUGUUGGACAGCAUAUCUCGCUUGGCAACGAUCGAUUUGCGUACACGAAAAGAGAACCACUCGGAGUUGUAGGAUGCAUAGGAGCAUGGAAUUACCCGAUCCAGACUUGCACCUGGAAGGUGGCUCCAGCGCUAGCCUGUGGAAAUACCGUAGUCUACAAGCCAAGUCCUCUCGCUCCAGUUUCUGCAACCUUGCUCGGUCAAAUACUUCACAUGGCUGGACUACCAGCUGGAGCUUAUAACGUUGUACAGGGUGAUGUGGAUACCGGAACGGCACUUAUACGAAAUCCCUUGGUAAAGAAGGUUUCUUUCACGGGAAGUGUUGCCACAGGAAAGAAGAUCAUGCAAAAUUGUGCAGCUCGGAAUGUGAAACCGGUGACAUUGGAAUUGGGAGGAAAAGCGUCGUUGAUCAUUUUUGAGGAUGCAGAUGUUGAUUCAGCUGUUUCCGGUGCAAUGAUGGCCAAUUUCUUCAGUCAAGGGCAAGUGUGCAGCAAUGCUAGCAAGGUGCUGGUACAACGAAAGUUAGUCGAUGAAUUCGUCUCGAAGCUACGUGAGAAGACAACUGCUAUGCGCGUUGGCGAUCCACUUGACGAAAGUACCAAGGUUGGCGCGAGUAUCUCAAGACAACAUCUGGAAAAAGUGAAAAAUUAUAUACAGGGUGCGAUCGCAGCCGGCGCGAAAUUGGUUUGUGGGGGCAGCGAAGUCCCAGUCCGCGGCCUUGAGGAUGGCUUCUAUCUAUCCCCAUGCAUUCUCACGGACAUCCGCAAGGACAUGGUUGUCUACAAUGAGGAGAUUUUCGGCGCUGUGCUUCUUGUAAUCCCCUUCGAUACGGAAGAUGAGGCUGUAGAUAUUGCUAAUGAUACGACGAUGGGUCUUGCUGGAGGCGUAUUUACCAAAGACUUGGCUCGUGCCUAUCGUGUGAUUGAUCGACUACACGCUGGAGCGUGUUUUGUAAACACUUUCAACGACGUUUCUCCGUUCGUUCCCUUCGGCGGUUACGGCGACUCUGGUUUCGGACGGGAAAACGGUACAGCUGUCCUCGAUCACUACACUCAGAUCAAGUCUGUCAUCGUCUCAACAGCUACAACAUUGCCGAAUCCAUUCUAAUUUCAUGGAACGCGGGUUUAUUAGUCAUAUAUAUUCUCCAGCUUUUAUCAGUCAUAUAUAUAUUUCAAGCUAAGCGGCAUGCUAUAUAGAUGCUGAGAGGCCCCAAGCAUACUUCACGCGAUUUCAGUCCCCCUGCCUCUGGCAGUUUGCCAGAUGUCUUUGAAUCCAAUCGCAGACUACAAAUGCAUAGUGUACAGUCUUUUUCAACCCGGAGUAGGCGAAGCAUUCCAAGAGUGGAGUAGCGCGUCCGCACCGCCACUGGCUCAGAAGGACAGAAUGAAGAGACGCAGACUGCAAAGCGGUGCGAUUCUUUGCGAAGCGGACCCGCCAGUCCAAUUUACGCCUAAACUAUUUUGAAACUUACUAUAUAU